GCUUUAUUCCCUUACACGACUCCUGCGUUGAUUCUUGUUUAUAUAUUUUGUUUUCCAUCUUUAAUUUCUUGAGAAUCCCCAUCUUGCUCUGUUCAUUUGCUUUUCUUUUUUCCUUUCUUCUUUUUUUUUUUUUUUUUAAGUUUCCCUUGAUGUAAUUUUUUCUGCUUUUCUGGGUACCCAUUUGAUUGCUUGAGGUUACUGGAAGGAGUUUACAUUUGUAUGGAUGUGCUAACUUAAAUCCAAGGUGCUUGGACUUCAACACCUGAUUCAUUACUAUGUUGGACAAGCUUGGAUCUUGAUUUGAUAAUUGUUAAUGGUUGAGAGAAAGGCAAUGGGGCGUGCAUCCCUAUUGCUUUUGAUUCUAUUGGCUCUUGGUUUUUUCUUUGCCACAUAUAAUUUGGUUACCAUGGUGAUGCACAAUAGAUCUGUUGGGAAAUGGAUACAUGAUGAUUCAAAUGGUGCAAUGUUUUUUGAUCCUGUUGUUGAAAUGCCUGAAGAUGCCAAGAAACUAAAAAUUGCCAAAAUUCCUUUCCAUGUUGCCAUGACAGCAACUGAUGCUCCUUACAGUAAAUGGCAAUGUCGUAUUAUGUACUAUUGGUAUAAGAAGAAGAAAGAUCUACCGGGAUCAGAUAUGGGUGGAUUCACACGGAUUUUGCACUCAGGAAAACCAGAUAACUUGAUGGAUGAGAUUCCUACGGUUGUUGUUGAUCCUCUUCCAGCAGGUCUGGAUCGGGGUUACAUUGUCCUAAAUAGACCUUGGGCUUUUGUGCAAUGGCUGGAAAAGGCUACAAUUGAAGAAGAAUACAUACUGAUGGCGGAACCUGAUCACAUAUUUGUAAAUCCUCUUCCAAAUUUGGCACAUGGAGUGUAUCCAGCAGCUUUUCCAUUUUUUUAUAUUAAACCCACUGAUAAUGAAAAAAUCAUAAGGAAGUAUUAUCCAGAGGAGAAAGGCCCUGUGACAAAUAUUGAUCCAAUUGGAAAUUCUCCUGUAAUAAUCAAGAAGGAGUUGCUGGAGAAAGUCGCUCCUACAUGGAUGAACAUUUCCUUGGAAAUGAAAGGUGACCAAGAGACUGAUAAAACUUUCGGCUGGGUGCUAGAAAUGUAUGCAUAUGCUAUAGCAUCAGCUUUACAUGGUGUGCAUCACAUACUUCGGAAAGACUUCAUGUUGCAGCCCCCUUGGGAUCUGGAAAUAGGAAAAAAGUUUAUCAUUCAUUUCACUUAUGGAUGUGACUACAACUUAAAGGGUCAGCUAACUUACGGUACAAUUGGUGAGUGGAGAUUUGACAAGAGAUCCUAUCUGCGUGGACCACCGCCAAAAAAUCUCCCCUUGCCCCCUCCAGGUGUUCCUGAAAGCGUGGUUACCCUUGUAAAGAUGGUAAAUGAAGCUACUGCCAACAUUCCCAAUUGGGACGUAGAGUAGAUAUCAUCAGUGUCGUCCUGGCGGACAAAGCGGCGUAUAAAACUUUUUGAGAUGGGGAAAUUUUGAUCCAUUGCCAUUCAGAAAAGUUACUGUUCAGAAACUUCAGGUUAAUGAUUUCAAAUUAAGGGAUACAGAGAAGUAUAGGUGUAAAUUAAGUUUAAGUUCUUCUCUGGAUCCAAUUAGGAUUACAAAGUUCACCUUUUGGCUCUUAGGCUAACAUAGCAAAAGAUUUGGUUUUUUUCUUUGUUUCUGGUAUAUGGAUACAGCAAUCUCAGAUAACAUAACGGCUUGUUUGGUGGUUAAUAAAUUUAGUAUCUUGUUCUGGCAA